AACAUGUGCCUAGCAAGCGUAGAGGUUAGUUUUAGUUGUCGAACUAGAAGUGUUGUUGAGUUGUGAGGUGUGUACAAAAUAAUCACAUGUGCAUAAAAGUGAACUAAAGUUACAAAAAUGUCUAAACUGUACGUGUUAGCUGAACACGCAGCAGGGUAUGCUGUAUUCAAAGUGAAAGAAUUUGAGGAGAUUGGUGCGUUGUUACCCCAGUUGGAAUCAGCUGUCCACGAUUUGGGCCGAUUCAAUAGCAUCGUUCAUCUAGAGAGUUUUUCUCCAUUCAAAACAGCAGUUACUGCUUUGGAAAAUAGUAAUGCCAUUUCCGAAGGAAUUGUUACUGAGGAUUUGAAACAUUUUCUAGAUAUAACUUUGCCUGCUAAAAGGAAAAAAGUUUUAUUAGGAGUUUCUGACCCCAAGCUUGGAGCUGCGAUCUCUGAAGCUUUAGAAAUUGCAUUCGAGCAUAUAGGAGCAGUACCAGAAAUACUUAGAGGUAUUCGUUUCCAUUUUCAUAAUUUGAUUAAAGGAUUCACUCUCAAAAGUUCAGGUAUUGCCCAAUUAGGUUUGGGUCAUGCUUAUUCAAGAGGAAAAAUAAAGUUCAAUGUUCAUAGGGUGGACAAUAAUGUUAUCCAGUCAAUUGCUAUCUUGGAUCAAAUGGACAAGAAUAUUAACACCAUAACUAUGAGACUCAGAGAAUGGUUCUCAUAUAAUUUCCCAGAACUCGUCAAAAUUGUUCCUGAAAAUUAUAUGUUCGCAAAAUUGACUAAACUCAUUAAAAAUCGUAAAGAAUUGACUGAGGACUCUCUUGAAGAAUUGGAAAAAAUCACUAUGGAUUCCGGAAAAGCUCAAGCUAUUUUGGAUGCUUCAAAGUCGAGUAUGGGUAUGGAUGUCAGCCCAGUUGACUUGAUCGAAAUUGAAAUGUUAGCUGACAGAGUUAUUUCAUCAAACGAGUAUAGGAAACAGCUUGCCGAAUAUCUAAGUGCCCGAAUGACUGAUGUAGCUCCUAAUUUACAAGCUUUAAUCGGUGAUCAAGUAGGUGCAAGACUUAUAGCACAUGCAGGAUCAUUGACAAAAUUAGCUAAGUGUCCAGCUUCAACAGUUCAAAUUUUGGGUGCAGAAAAAGCUUUGUUCAGAGCUCUUAAAACCAAAAGUCAUACUCCAAAAUACGGGCUCUUGUUCCAUUCUACUUACAUUGGUCGAGCUGGAACCACAAACAAAGGCCGGAUAUCGCGUUACUUGGCGAACAAAUGCGCGAUAGCUUCAAGAAUAGAUUGCUUCUCAGAUGAUCCAAGUUUAGUUUUCGGCGAAAAGCUGAGACAACAGGUGGAGGACAGGCUUAAGUUUUAUGAAACCGGUGACAUUCCCAAAAAGAAUAUAGAAGUUAUGGAAGAAGCUAUGAACGAAGUCGUACUGAAUAAAUCUAUGAAGAAUGAAAGUCAACUUAAUGGCGAUCAAGAAGAAACUAAUCAUGCCGAUGAUGGUUCUAAGAAGAAGAAAAAGAAGAGGAAGCGUGAGGCUCUCGAAAAUGAAAAUAAUGAAAAUGUAAAUGAGAGUGUUGUCGAAGAACCGCCCAAGAAAAAGAAGAAGAGGAAAAGUGAAGCUCUUGAAGCCGAGGAUGUGAAUGAGAGUGUUGCAGAAGAAACGCCCAAGAAAAAGAAGAAGAAGUCUAGUGAAACUGAAACUAACGGAGAUAAUGAAGAUGUAAACGAGAGUGUUGUAGAAGAAACGCCCAAGAAAAAAAAGAAGAAGAAUAAGAAGGAAAAUGGAGAUGUUGAGGAGAAUAGCAUUGUGGAAGCUGAACCUGCUGUUGAACAAGAGGGGUCAACUAAGAAAAAGAAGAAGAAGAGCAAGAAAUCUGAAGCUGAAGAAAUGUAAAAAUGGUUUUGAUAAAACUCUGAAUAUUUUAUAAUGUUAGGAAUAUUUGGCUUAUUAUAAUUCAUUUGGGUGAAAACUUAAUGUUUUUAAGUCUGACACUCUAAUGGAUAAAUUAUAAAUAUGAAUGAAGAGGUGAAAAAUGUAUUAUGUACCUUUAUAUAAAUUAAUAAUAGUUACUUCCGAUAUUUGGUGUUUACUUAAAUUUUUUCAAAGAAUAGACAGCAUACAGAAAAGAUGAAUUGUACAUAUUAUAUGCAAAAACAACCAAUACAAAUUCAAUUUUGA